CCGCAGGGUGUCAUCCGAAUCAAAGGAUGGAGAUGGGCUAGGACCUCAAAACCGGAGGAAGCUGAGUUUUGCUCACGAUGACAGAUAUGGUGGAUAUGGUCGGUUUAAUGAUGUGGAAGAUGAUUUAGUUUUGAGAACUAAACCUCCAACCAUUGAUUUUCCAAAAUUCAAUGGGCAAGAGGAUGCAGGGUUGUGAUUGUAUGCAUCUAACAGAUGGUUCAAGAACCACCCAGCUCGAGAGGAAAUGAAGGCGCAUUUGGCGCUUAUGGGAAUGGCUGGAGAGAUCUUACGCUGUCGCUGAGACACUGAUCACGUGGCCAAUGUUCCAGGGGGAACUUUGGUAUCUGUUUGGAAAAUCAGAAGGAUGGGCACCUGAGCAGCUGGCCAAGCUGAGACAGAUGGGAACCGUGGCAGAGUACAUGUUGGAGUUUCUUAAACUGGGAAAUCAGUGCAAGGGGGUGUCGGAAGAAAAACUGGUAGGGUUGUGCCUGGCUGGCUUUAAGCCAGAGAUCGCAGCUGCGAUCAGGGUGUUUGAGCCAGAUUCUUUCAAGACUGCUUUCCAUCUUGCUGGUCAUAAGAAGGAGGAACUCGCCAACUAGAGAAACACAAUCGGUCGUUAUCAGAGGCUGAAUGGAGGAGGGGGCAGUAGCUCGACGAGCGAUGGAGGCUGGAGUGCGGCGGCAAGGGAAACCAAAGGAGCCGUAGGGACAAAUACUUUGACGGCCGUGGUGGUCAGAACCGGACCCCAAGCUCCCCCAAUGGGCUUCAUUAGGAUGUCUCCUGCAGAGUUUGAGCAGAAGCGACGAGAGGGCAAGUGUUUCACUGCGACGAGCGGUUCACAAUCGAUCACUAGUGCACGAAGCCGGAUCUGAUGAUGCUUAUGGGUCGUUGAGAGGACGAAGCAGAGGAGGAGGCGCAGUGAUGGCAAUGGGGCGGGGCGGGUACCUUAAUACCCAUGCCGCACCCCACACUACUACGAGGCGAGGCGGGUCAACCCACUCUUACAUGUUAUUUGAAAAUAAUAUACGCAAAAUUUUACU